GCUAAUUAUGAAGUACGAGUUCAAAAGAGGCACUUGAAUGCAGCACGAGAGGCGCGCCCCCUCAGCGCACGUCUCAGGUGAGAAGAAAACCAAACGAACUGAAGAAGUCUGGCCGCACAGCCUCAAAAAUGUGGACUGAGGUGAAAAACAAGAGCAAGACUGUCAUCGGCAACGGGAACAGCUCGGAGACAAGUAUCCGAGCUGGAGUGGCUGUGUGUCCUGUCGUGUCAGUGGUGCCCUAUGCUCCACAUUUUUGUGUGUGCAAUCGAUGUUUUGUUGCAUUUUCAGAUGGGUGACCCAGAUCUGACACGACAGCUUUUACACACUGUUCAACAGAGAAAUGGUUCAACAGCAGCUGCCACUCAUCCUGCUCUCACAGAGGACUCUUUAACCAGCAGCAGUGGAAUCAUCCCUGGUGCAAUUGCAGCCACAGUGUUCAUUGCCUUUUUACUUGCUCUCUAUGCUGUCCUCUGGAAGUGCAUGGUGUCGCCACCACCACAACGAAAGCACAGCAAGGUGAGGAUGAGAGUAAAACAGAGGACGUCUGUGUGAAGAAUGGCUUCCAGGUUGAGAAUAUCUUCCGCCUGUUCAGCAGGUCAUUUUGGAUCUCAAUGGUGUGCACUAAAGACUUUGCUCCCAGUCGGAGAAAAGCACCCGAGUAACAAUAUUCCACUGAAGAAGAUCCUCCUAAUGGAUCCAAAGAUCAAACCACAAAAAACUGAGUGGAUGUGUCACCUGUUUCCCUUAGCUCUACUGGCUGCUUGUGCUCCCGUUGACUCAAAGCUCCAUGUUUGGCAGGUCAGAUCAUGCUGCUUUUUUUUCUGUGAACUCUGCACUACUGAGGCAGCAUCAAUAAGCUGCGUGUCUGAGCGAUAGAUUGUGGUGUAUUUAAUACAUGUUUGUGUGCAUGUUUUGUACCUGCACCAAAUUGACAGUUGUAUUUUAAGCAUGUCCUCUCUUCUGGCAUUGUAUUUCUUUUAUAUAUUUUAUUUUACAGUACAUAAUGGCAUCAGUUGGUUCCAUUUACAUCCAUUUUCUGUCCUCGCUUUUUAAAGAUUUUUAGGGGAAAUUCCUAAAGCUGCCAGGGUGUUCAGGACAAACGGCCAAUCUCCUCUGCUCCGAGUAUUUGGACAGCAUUUACUGUGGAGAUCAGAAAUGGAUUUUAUUUUCUAUUUGUCCUCUGUUGUCUUCUUUGAAAUUCACACUUUACUCAGGCUGUUGUAACUACUGUAUGACUUUUGACUCUAUAAUAACCUGUGACUUUUUAAGUGGAAUGUGAAAAUUAAUAAAUGCUAAGAUCUGUGACUGAGUCACAAUUAGGUCAAACUUCAAAUCAGA